GCCUUGUUUCCUGUCGAGCUUGGCGUGACCACGGGUCGCUGACUCACUGGGGCGCAUGAAUCAACUCACCCACGGAUCAGUCCUUCGCUGCUGUCAUUCGGUUAUAUCUUGGCCGAUUCUUUGCAGGGAGCAGUUCGGACACGAAGAAGUGAAGCUGAACGACCGCGAUCAGUCAUCUUCACGUUGAUCUGCGGGUCUCGAGCUACCCACGAACACGACAUGAACGCUGAAAUGAAGGACGACUGUGAAGUUGUCCCUGAAGAGGGAGAUGUGAUGGGCUUCCCCCCGAUUGAUGAUGUCGACAUUAAUUCCAACCUUGAUGGUAUGUUGGAGGCAGCCAAAGCAGGACAAAGGAGGGAUAAAGAGCUGUCGGCUCAGCUCCCAACAAAGCGUCGGAACACCAGGAGUGUAAUAUGGAUGCACUUUGAACGCCUGGACGACGUGGGGGCCGUUCAGUGUCGACUCUGCAACAAAACAAUGCAGUUUCCUUCUGGCACAACCUCAAAUCUGCACCGGCACAUGUCUAAGAAACACCCGUUUGUUUCACUACAAAAAGGGAGCGUGGCCAAUUCCAGGUCGGUGCAGAAGAGGAGAGCGGACAACCCUGAGGAGGGGGUGUUCCAAGUUGAAGUGCAAGUUGGAGAUGAUGAGCUGAGUGCCACAAAGAGCUCCAUCAAUGAUGUUGAGAUCAACUCUGCCAUCAAAGACAUCUUGGAAGUUGCACAUGGAGGCUCUUCAAAAGAAGGUGUAGAGGAAGGCACGAGUGGUCAUUACCCAUCAAGCCAACGUGGGAAUUUACGGAGCACAAUUUGGAGUCUCUUUGAGCGCUUGGAUCACCUUGGUGCUGCUCGCUGUCUCUUAUGCAACAAAAAGAUCACGUGCUUGAACGGAAGCACGGGGAACCUUCACCGACAUAUGUCGACUAGACACUCGCAGGUUGUGAAUUCUGGCAUGGGGAGAAUAGAGGACGCCUUUUCACACCUGGAGACGGCUGACUGCAGUGAGCUGGGCGUGGAAGUGGCCAUUGACACGGAGGCAGCCCACGACGUCAUCACAGAUAACGAAGUUGACAUGACCAUGGCUGCUGACGGAGAACUGGAAGACUCCGAAGUAGAUCAAGCGGAGCACACAGAAGACAAUGAGACAAGCAUUGACCUCACAACAACCCGGCGGCGGAAUACGACCAGCAUGAUUUGGAACUACUUUGAGCGCUGGGAUGAUGUGGGAGCCGCUCAGUGUCGGAUCUGCCUUAAAAAAAUGCAGUUUCUUGACAGCAGCACGGGGAACCUUCACCGACACAUGGCUAAGAGACACCCACAAAUUCUGCUGCAAAAACGAAGGGUGGCAAGUCAGCUGUCACUUGAUGACAACCUGUCUUCUUAUCAGGAGGUUAAGGACGGAGUGUUUUCAGUUAAUGUGCUGCUGGGUGAUGACGUGACAAAUGCAGCCAAAGAUGGCGAGAUAAACGCAGGUGCUGAUGAUGCUUCGGAGGCUGCACAAGGAGGUCCAUCCAAAAGAAGGAAAGGGACGACGGCUCGUCGACCGAUUCGUCCGCUCGGGAACACACGGAGCACGAUUUGGCGACUCUUUGAGCGCAUGGAUCAUCUGAGGGCUGUUCGAUGUCUGAUGUGCAAGAAGAUGAUUUGUUUCAACGGAAGCACAGGGAAUCUGCAUCGACACAUGUCCACUAGACACCCCGACAUCCUGCUGCACUCACCGAGGAAGGCACGGGCCAAUGCCAAACAAGAACUGAACACUAGCAUGGAGGCUUCAGCAGUCUUGCAGACGGUUGACAACCAUGAGCAGGGAGGGCUUUCAGAAGACAGUCAAGUAUUACACGUGCUGAGCGGAGAACGACAUGAUUUCAGGAGAGAGUGUGAGCUGAUAGAAGCUCUGAGACGAACGCAGAGAGAGGAGGCGAUGGCUCUGGAACAUCGGCGAGAGCUUCUGGAAAAGCUACUCUCUGUGAGUGCGCGUGAGUCUGCUGUGGAAAAGGCGCAAAUUGAGUCACUACGCAGAGUGCAGCAAGAGGAAGCCGAAGACUUGCAGCGGCUCAGAGAAGAGCUGAAGAUGGAAAGAGAUGAGCUGGACAAGAAAUGGGAAGAACUUCGGUUGGAAAAAGAAAAACUGUUUUCAGAGCAGCAUGCCUUCUGAUGGACUGUCUGAAUAUCAGCUAGCAAGUCAAGAGCAUUGUUGGUGCUACAAGUGUUACAUAAAGAACUCUCACCGUCACCUGAUGACGCUAGUCUUGUUGCUAAUUUUAAAAGGACACAUUUUGUUUUAAAACAGAUUUAGAAUUAGCAUUUCUUUUGGUUCUUAGCGCUUAACAAUAAAUUACC